CCGGGAGAGACGGAGAAAGGAGGGGAAAGCAGAAAUGGGAUACCAAUGAAAAGAGGAAAAAAAGAGAGAAAGUGACAAAGUGGCUGUUAGUGCAUAAAAAGGAAGACCGAGAACGAGAGAGAGACAAAGCAUGAAAAUGAAAGACGGGGAAAGAGAGCCGCUAGCUUUCUGCAGUCCCGACGUUGUCUCGGCCUAGCGUGGAUCGCACGCAUUCUCAAACACCUACAAGAGAGAAGGAGCCCUGACCUGCUGCGUCGCCUCACUCAGUGUCGAGCCACCUGGAACAGUUGAGUGUGCCAAUAUCAACAGUGAGCCUUCUUAUAAAUAGUGGGCGCAAAAUAGAAAUGAAGCAACAUCCCCGCAAUCACUGGAGAAUUAACAAGAGGGGGGGACAAAAUAGAGACAACAUGAGACGACAUUCAGUUGUACUCUCCUGUCUGGUGCUCUUCGCUUGGCCAUCAUGGGCUCAAAGCUCUGCUGUUCCCAACCCAGCAGAGCUUAUAGAUGAGUGCUUGAAAGACGACGAUUACGAAGACCUUCAUAACAUGGCAAUCAACGGCCUUCCACAAACUGGAAAACGUCAUCACGUGGCCAUUAUUGGAGCAGGCAUUUCUGGGCUGACAGCAGCCAAGCUACUGGAGGAAGCUGGCCACACGGUGACCAUAAUUGAAGCAAGCGACCGUGUUGGAGGACGAAUUCAAACUUAUAGAAACAAGAGGGAGGGUUGGUUUGUGGAACUGGGGCCAAUGAGGAUCCCUCAGAAGAAUAAAAUUUUGCUAGACUUCCUCAACAAGAUGGGGAUCCAAACGAAUGAAUUCUUUGAGAAUACUAACAACACUUACUACUGGGUGAAUGGGAUUCUGGCAAAUUCUUCAGAGGUGACAAAAAACCCUGACGUCUUGAACUAUACUGUGGCUGAAGACGAAAAAGGAAAGUCAGCCGAACAGCUCUUCGAUAAAGCCUUGGACAAGGUGAGGGAUGAUAUCCGUAAGUACAGCUGUACAAAGGAACUGCGUGAUAAAUAUGACUCAUUCUCUGUGAAGGAAUAUCUGGUGAAGGAGGUCAAUUUAAGUCGUGGAGCUCUGGCUAUGGUUGGUGAUAUUCUCAAUGUGAACAGCCUUUUUUACACAUCACUGCUGGAAACGCUGUAUACCCAAAGCAGUAUCAGUGACAAUUCCAGAUACUACGAGAUAACUGGGGGUUUUGACAAGCUCCCAGAGACCAUUUCCAAAAAACUCAAAGCCGACGUCCACUUGAACGCAAAGGCCAAACUUAUCAGACAAACCAAUGAAAAUGUGACUGUGUCAUACCAGGAUUGGCGAAAAACUGCCAUUCUUACCAACCUCACUGCUGACUAUGUUUUGGUGACACCUUCAGCCAAAGUCACCAACCUCCUCAAAUUCCACCCCCCUCUCUCCAACUUCAAGCAGGAGGCCUUGCGAUCUAUCCACUAUGGCAGUGCCACCAAAGUCAUCCUUAGCUUCCGGGAGUGUUUCUGGAAGAAGGAGGGGAUUUUCGGGGGAAGGAGCAUUACAGACCAGCCUUCGAGGUUCAUCUAUUACCCAAACCACAACUUCAAUGACACAGAAAGAGGAGCGGUGCUUGCCUCCUACACCUCUGAAGAUGACUCUACACUUUUCGCAGGGGUUAAUGAUGAGGAGCUAAUGGAACUGGUUCUGGAUGACCUGGCAAAGAUACAUGGCAAGGAAAUAAAGGCUCUCUGCUCAGGGGGGGUGGUAAAGAAAUGGAGUGAAGAUCCAUACACCCUGGGUGCAUACGCUGUCUUCACACCUUAUCAGCAGCAGGACUAUAUUGCCCAGCUGUCUGCACCGGAGGGGAGGGUGCACUUUGCCGGGGAGCACUUAGGCACUCCUCAUGCCUGGAUUGAGACCGCUAUGAAAUCUGCCAUCAGAGCAGCCAGAAGUAUCAAUAAUUUGGCUUGACAAUGUGUUCUAAAAUAAGAAAAAUGGAAAAACAUUCUAUAAUAAAAAUG